UUUUCUUUAUUUAGGUAAAUCAUCCGACAUGCCGAAGACGAAGAAAGUUGACUCACUCGAAUACGGAAAAGUAUCCACCAAACACGUCAGAGGACUUUCCUCUGGAUGCAAAAAGUGUCACAUUUCACUUAUUCGGAAUGAAUUUUCCACCCUUCCACCCAUUAUCAGUGCUCUUGAGAUUUAUUUAGCAAAAGAUUUUCCAUCAUCACAGUUAGAAACCCACAGAGAUGACGCGGAUGCAGUCACAAACAUCAAGAGGAUUUACAAAGUGGACAGUAGAAACUGGCAAGGAGAUCCAUGUGUUCCCAAUGCAUACAAGUGGGAAGGUGUAGACUGUAACUCUUACGAUGGCUUUCUAAGAAUCACAUCCUUGAAUUUGUCUUCAAGUGGACUCUCCGGACAUAUACUGACUGAUAUCUCCAAGCUUACUAUGUUAAAGUCCUUAGAUUUAUCAGACAAUGGUUUAAGCGGGAAUAUACCUAAUUUUUUGGCGCAACUGCAAUCACUAGAAUACUUAAACUUGGCAAAGAACAACCUCACAGGUUCAGUUUCAAAUGAACUCCUUCAAAAACAAAGUGAUGGUCGAUUAACCUUGAGUGUGGGGCAAAAUCCAAAUCUUCUAUGUGGAACAACUUCAUGCACCCUGCAAUCAAAUGCUACAAGAAAGAAAAAGAAUAAUGCAGUAAUUACAGUGGUAGCAUCAAUUGCAGGGAUAUUGCUGCUUCUAGGGAUUGCAGCAGUUAUAAUCGUUCGCCGAAGAAAGACCUAUGAUGCUGCUAAGAACAUUAUGCUUGGGAGGCGUCAUAAUCCAAUUAAGGAGUCAGAAUUGGAAAAUAAGCAACGAGAGUAUUCAUUUAAUGAGGUGGUUAAUAUGACCAACAAUUUUGAUAGGAUUCUUGGCAGAGGUGGAUUCGGAACAGUUUACCAUGGCUUUAUUGAGGACAUUGAAGUGGCUGUUAAGAUGCUUUCAUUAUCAUCAGUGCAAGGAUAUCAACAAUUUAUUGCAGAGGUUAAGCUUCUAAUGAGGGUGCAUCACCGAAAUCUGACUUCUCUUAUUGGUUAUUGCAACGAAGAAACUAAUAUAGGACUCAUUUAUGAAUACAUGAAAAAUGGAGAUUUAGAUGAACAUCUUUCAGGAAAAAACAAUAGGGGAAAGUCUUUGAACUGGGAAGAUAGACUUCGAAUAGCAGUAGAUGCAGCCCAAGGAUUGGAAUAUCUGCAUAAUGGUUGUAAGCCACCUAUAAUUCACAGAGAUGUGAAAUGUCCAAAUAUUCUAUUAAAUGAAAACUUCCAUGCCAAACUCGCUGAUUUUGGAUUAUCCAAAUGCUUUGCGGCUGAGGGCGAUACACAUGUGUCAACCAUUGUGGCCGGAACUCCAGGCUACCUAGAUCCUGAGUACACAACAUCAAACAGAUUGACAGAAAAAAGUGAUGUGUAUAGUUUUGGAGUAGUUCUUUUAAGGAUAAUUACAGGUCAACCGGUGAUAAUAAUAAAGGAAGACACAACUCAUCAUAUAAUUCAACGAGUUAAUUCUAUGAUUGCUGAAGGGGAUAUAACAAAAGUUGUUGACUCAAGGUUACAAGGAGAUUUUGACAAUAACUCUGCAUGGAAAGCGGUUGAAAUAGCAAUGGCCUCUGUAUCUGCCACUUCAGUGCAAAGGCCAUACAUGAGAGAUAUAGUGACACAGUUGAAGGACUGUUUGGCUGCAGAGUUAGCCCGAAAACGGAAGAUUGAAGAGUCAACACUAAAUCACUAAUACAUGGCUGAAGCAAGGUGAGAAUUGGGUGCACUAAGUUUGCAUUGUUCAUGUCUUGCAAAUUGCUGCUACCUCUUGCAUUGUCUCUGUACAUUUUUAUUGACUGAAUAAUCCUAGCUUGUUAUAUCAAUGAAUCUCUAGAACCACCCACUAUGUCAAUUAAAGAAUUUGCUUCUGCUGCAAAGAAAGCAAAUAAUCAAGGUUACAUACUGUUUAUAGCUUUUUGUGCUGAUAUUAUGCUUUAUUUAAAAUUUCCAUCAUUGCUCGUACUUGUUCCUUGUCUCUGUCUAAUUAUAGUUAUCUCUGUUUUAAAUGUAGAGUCUAAGAUUGCAAGAAGAUGCAUGUCGGUUCGUACAUAUGAUAAUGCAAGCAUUCAAUGAUAAACUAAUGGUUCUUGUGCUUACUGAAAGACAUCAGAUGUUUGGUAAUUUUGGCAAAAAUAAAAUUCAUCAAAUAUAUGUAUAUAAACACAGAGGUAGCUCCAUAGGUUAAUGUUUUCAUUUUUCGUAAAACAAAUGUUCUAUUUCCUAUAUUCUGCCAGAAUUAUGGUACUAUUUCUUUAUUAUGCUUUUUUUUCUAAACUUGACAAUUAAAAACUUCGGUUUCCUGUACAGAUAUUGAGCUUCCAAAAGACCCUGAAAGCAGUGUGAUUUCUUGCCUGAAACUAUUGAAACUGCUAGCCUAUGUGGUGCGGACAAAACUGGUAGCUACUCAAUGCUUGGUUGCACCUAGCUAAAAUGUCUCAAACUAGAAAAUCACCUGCGUCUUUAGUGUGUGGCUUUUAAUCAAAUGAAGGAAAACUUCUUGAGUCCUCAAGAAGGAAGAGCUUUUCUUCUUUCCGUAAAUCUUGAACCAUUCAACUGAUUUUUGGAUAUAUAAAGAGUUAUGAGGUCUGCAUGAAUAAAAGGCAAAGAUGAGGAGGAAAGAGACUCUCCACGUGAAGGACCCAAAAAUUUGGCACAAACUUGAAAAUUUCCCUUAUAUGGAUCAUUGAUGAGGUUGAUAGCAGAUGGAAUUGAUGUUCCAACAUCUUGUAUUUUGUUUUUAUUUUCUCCUGAAGUUAUUGCAUGUUCUCCAAAUGUAUAUUUU